AAAGAGAUUACUUAGGGCGGACAAUGAACAACACUACAAAAUGCCAUGAUGAUCACACUCUGGAUAAGUAUUUGUUUUCACUCGUGUAUAGCACUGUGAUGGUGAUCAGCAUUCCCAUCAACUGCAUAUUCCUCUACACAUCUUGCGUUCAGGUGAGGAAGAAGAAUGAGUUAGCAGUCUACCUCUUCAGCCUGUCCCUGGCUGACCUCUUGUACUCUCUGAUUCUGCCUCUGUGGAUUGAUUAUGCCUGGCAUGGAGAUGACUGGAGGCUCUCUGCCUUACUUUGUCAGAUUUCCGCCUUCCUUAUGCAUAUGAAUUUCUACACCAGCACUGCAUUCCUUGCUUGCAUCUCUGUUGACAGGUACCUGGCAUUAGUUCACCCUUUGAAACUCCAGCAUUUGCGUACAAGAAGAUUUUCCGUCAUUGUCAGCAUAACUGUUUGGGUUUUGGAAAGCAUCGUGAACUCAGUCAUCUUGGUGAACAAAGAAACCUUCAAUGAUCCUUGCAAUUCCACUAAUCACACAUUAUGUUACGAUAAAUACCCCCUGGAAUGGUGGCAGGCACAGCUAAAUAUAUUCCGGAUAUGCUCGGGGUACUUAGCCCCUUUGAUGAUCAUUUUGUUCUGCUAUUAUAGAAUCUACCAAGCAGUGAGGUAUAAUCAAGCCACAGUAGAUAAAGAAAAAAAGAAAAUCAGGAAACUAAUACUGAACAUCACAGUUACUUUCAUUGUUUUCUUCUCACCUUAUCAUGUGGUGUUGCUUGUUCGUAGCAUCAAAGAACCUUAUGGCACUGAUCCACAGUUUGUCCAGUUGAUGUAUAAGAUUUACAGAAUCACACAGGCCUUAACAAGUUUGAAUUGCAUUGCUGAUCCUAUUCUUUACUGUUUCGUGAGUGAAACUGCAAGAAAAGACAUUCUGAAUUUGCUCAAAUGUUGCCUUAGGAAAGCAUGAGGGAAACCAAGCAAAAGGCAAUGCUCU